AUGUCUAAGAAAGUAAAGAAAGUCAAAGUAGAAGAGAACAUUUCACUUGGACCACAAGUUCAAGGCGAUGAAAAAGUUUUUGGAGUAGCACAUAUUUUUGCUUCAUUCAAUGAUACUUUUGUUCAUGUAACUGAUUUAUCAGGCCGAGAAACAAUUGUUCGUGUAACUGGAGGUAUGAAAGUUAAAGCUGAUAGAGACGAGUCAUCGCCAUAUGCAGCUAUGUUAGCAGCACAAGAUGUAGCAGCAAGAUGUAAAGAAUUAGGUAUUACUGCUUUACAUAUUAAAUUACGAGCAACUGGUGGUAAUGGUACAAAAACACCCGGACCUGGUGCACAAUCAGCUUUAAGAGCUUUGGCUAGAUCUGGAAUGAAAAUUGGUAGAAUAGAAGAUGUCACUCCUAUUCCAACUGAUAGUACUCGUAGAAAAGGUGGUCGCAGAGGUAGACGUCUGUAA